AUGACCCAUGGCAUUGCCUUCUUAGGCACACCGCACCAUGGCGCAGCGCUGGCGAGAUGGGCGGAACUGCUUUCCCAAUCUAUCGGCAUCAUCAAACAGACUAAUACCAAAAUCGUACAAGUUUUGCGCCAGGACUCGGAAGUUCUUGCUCGGAUACAGGAUGAGUUCCACAACAUGAUCAUGGCACGGUCCAAAGGGGAACACCCAAUUGAAAUCAGCUGCUUCUUUGAAGAGCUACCUCUUCCGGGCGUCGGCCAGGUUGUGCCACAACAUUCCGCUAUCCUGCCAGGGUACAUUCCAAUCGGGAUUCGAGCCAACCAUAUGGACAUGGUCAGAUUCUCCAGUACUGACGAUGCGGGGUUCAAGGCAGUCUGCAGCGAACUACGGCGGUGGAUUAAAGGGGUUCACAGGGUUGUAGAGAAUGUUAAUGGAGCUGUAGAGGACCGCAACCAAGAUGAAGCACCAUUCCUUGUACCAUACCCCCAGAAUCAGGACUUCGUCGGACGAGCUGAAAUUCUCGAGCAGCUAAGAAGCCAGCUGGGCCAUGGGCAGGAACGGCCGAGCGGCAAGUGGCAUCUCAGAGCCGCGCUUCAUGGGCUUGGGGGCAUCGGGUACAAAAGAAGCUAUUCCCACUUUGUCCUACGCAAGACACGCCCAGAAGUAUCUGUGUUCUGGGUCCAUGCCAGCAAUGGCGAGCGGUUCCGCCAGUCAUAUGCAUCUAUCGCAAAAGACUGCGAAAUCCCCGGCCAUGAUGACCCGUCAACAGAUAUGCUGUCUCUUGUGAAGGACUGGCUGAACAACAAGGACCGCGGCCAGUGGUUGAUGGUCAUAGACAAUGCCGAUGACGCGCAGCUCCUUUUAGCCAGGCGCAUGGCGGCUUUGGCAAAAACCUUCUGUAACCAGGGCCGAUGGGAGGAGGCUGAGAAGCUAGAGGUGCAGGUGAUGGAGAUGAGAAAGGCGAAGCUUGGGGAUGAUCACCCUGAUACUCUUACAAGUAUGGCGAACUUAGCGUUAACAUUUUGGGACCAGGGUCGAUUAGAAGAGGCUAAGAAGCUAGGGGUGCAGGUGAUAGAGAUGAGAAAGGUGAAGCUUGGGGAUGAUCACCCUGAUACCCUUACAAGUAUGGCGAACUUAGCGUUAACACUUUGGGACCAGGGUCGAUUAGAAGAGGCUGAGAAGCUAGAGGUGCAGGUGAUGGAGAUGAGAAAGGCGAAGCUUGGGGAUGAUCACCCUGAUACCCUUACAAGUAUGGCGAACUUGGCGUCAACAUUUAAGGGCCAGGGUCGAUUAGAAGAGGCUGAGAAGCUAGGGGUGCAGGUGAUGGAGAUGAGAAAGGUGAAGCUUGGGGAUGAUCACCCUGAUACCCUUACAAGUAUGGCGAAUUUGGCGUCAACAUUUCAGGGCCAGGGUCGAUUAGAAGAGGCUGAGAAGCUAGGGGUGCAGGUGAUGGAGAUGAGAAAGGUGAAGCUUGGGGAUGAUCACCCUGUUACCCUUACAAGUAUGGCGAACUUGGCGUCAACAUUUAAGGGCCAGGGUCGAUUAGAAGAGGCUGAGAAGCUAGGGGUGCAGGUGAUGGAGAUGAGAAAGGUGAAGCUUGGGAUGAUCACCCUGAUACCCUUACAAGGCCAGGGUCGAUUAGAAGAGGCUGAGAAGCUAGAGGUGCAGGUGAUGGAGAUGAGAAAGGUGAAGCUUGGGGAUGAUCACCCUAAUACCCUUACAAGUAUGGCGAAUUUGACGUCAACAUUUCAGGGCCAGGGUCGAUUAGAAGAGGCUGAGAAGCUAGAGACCUUUACCGGAAACUUCAAGAUGGCUGCCAAGGGGACAUCCUACCUGAUCAUUGGCUCAGGGGUGUUCGGCGUGUCUACGGCCUACCACCUCAUCCAAAAGUACCCCACAGCCUCCGUCACGCUCGUCGACCGCGACGCCUACGACGCCGAGUCCCGCGUGGCCGCCUCGUGGGACUGGAACAAGGUAGUGCGGGCCGACUACGACGACAAAGUCUACUGCCAGCUCGCGCUCGAAGCCCAGGACGUGUUCCAGUCGGACCCUCUCUGGAAGCCCUACUUUCACCAGACAGGCGUCUACUGGAUAUGCCGCAGCUCCUAUGCCCAGGACGUUAUCAACCACCACAAGGGAUUCGGUCGGCACAACGAUAUUGAGGCAUUGCCGGUCGCCCAGGCCCGGAAGAUGUUUGACGGCCUGUUCGAUAAUGCGGAUUACACGGGCGCCAAGGAGGUGCUCCUUAACAAAUCGAGUGGCUGGGGUGCGGCGGGAGACUCCUCCCAUGUGAUUGUGUCUGCCGGCGCCUUCACUCCCACUUUGCUGGAAAUGAGCGCGGAGGCGAGCGGCAACGAGGGUCUGAGUGCAGGGUCGAGGAUACUCGCUGCGGGCAUCACGACCGGAAUGGCACAGCUCACGGCUGAACAGUACCAGAAGUUCAAGAAUAUGCCAGUGGGCUUCCAAGGUUACACACCUAAUGAAGGCAAGCCCUUCAUCGGAAGCCUUCCACCAACAAAAGACGGUGAGCUAAAAUGGUGGGGUUCCAAGAUCUUCACGAAUACCCGAGAAGUUCUGCCCGGGCGAUACCUCUCAUCGCCACCUGCUGCCUCAGACUACAAUCAAUGGAAAGUUCCCGGGCCUUUGAAGCAGGAUAUUGUGGAGUCGAGAAACCUUUGGUACGGGCCAGCCAGCGCGGACUGGCGAAUGACCAAGCACCGAAUAUGCUGGGACGCGUUCACCACGACAUCCGACUUCAUCAUUUCUCCUCACUCGGCGGCCCGAGGACUUUAUAUCGCCACUUGCGGGUCUUUCCACGGCUACAAGUUCUUCCCCGUCCUUGGCAAGUACAUCACGCAAAUGAUGGAGGGCGAACUGUCUCCGGAGCUGGCAGACAAGUGGGCCUGGGACCGAAAGCGUCCGGAUCCCUCGCAAAACGUCGAGUACCCUAACACGGAGGCCAACCACUUGCUUGAAAGAAUGACUAAACUGUAG